UGGGUGUGUGUGGGAUGUUGUGGUGAAAGUUUGUUUCGGCGUCGUGCGAAAGUAGAUCGGAUGUCUGACAAAAUUUACAGCUGAAAGGAUAAUAUACUAAAUCAAGCUGGAACUAUUCAGUGCGUUUGCCAAAAAGUGUAACGUAUGGUGCUGUGUAAUUUAAACAAAAGUGAACCUCAUACUAUACUAGUGUAAAUGUGCAACUCUAGCUGAGAAUAACCUUUCACCUUGAAUGAAUGAUAUUCAAAAGAUUUUUCACCUGACGAUAAAGAAGUUGAGUCUGAGAUUUUGAUUUGAUCCAUCACCAUCAUCAUCACCAUGAAGUUUUUGUCCUGUUUAUGUCUAUGUGUUUCCAUCAUAAAUUAUUGUGCAGCUGUAACAACCAUUCCCUAUCCUCCUACCAUGGUUCGACAACCCCCUCAUGAACAGUUAUUUCAAGUUUCUCAGACUCAGGAAGAACAAGACAAAUCUUUUUCAAUAGAUUGCGAAGCUAGUGGUAACCCUGAACCAGAUUAUCGGUGGACAAAAAAUGGAGAAGACUUUGACUACACAUCCCAGAGUGGUCGAAUAACACGUCAGCCAAACAAAGGCACUCUCUAUGUAAAUCAUCCUGAAGAGGUUGAUGAAGGUAUCUAUCAGUGUUUUGCAGAAAACAUCCAUGGAAUAUCUGUGUCAAAUUCUGUACAUCUCAGGAAAACAGAACUUAAUUCUUUCCCUGAUGAUGAGCCCAAAGAAGAGUAUGUUGUCGAAGGAGAGCCUUUAACUUUAAAUUGUAAUCCCCCCUCUGGUUAUCCCAAGCCAACAAUUUUUUGGAUUAUUCAGUCAAAUUCUGGUGCACUCCACAGCAUUAAUAGUUCCCGAAUUACAGUAGAUCCAGAUGGAAACUUGCAUUUUUCAAAUGUGACAGAUUCUGAUGCAUUAGAUGAUGCACAGUAUGCUUGUAGUGCUACCUCAAUGUUUAGAAACGAAUAUAAACUAGGGAAUAAAAUUUUGCUGCAUGUUGAAGCCUCUGGAAGUCCUGGUCAAACAGUUGCUCCAACGAAACAAUAUACAUCACCACCCAACAUUGUUGCUUUAAGAGGACAAAAGCUUGAACUGAGCUGCAUUUAUGGAGGAACACCUGUUCCUAAAAUUGAAUGGACUAAGAAAGGCAAUAGUCUUCAAGGCAGCCGUGUGAGCUAUAUGAACUAUGGGAAAACUUUAAAAAUCAGGAAAGUAGAUUUCCAAGAUGAAGGAACCUAUGAAUGCACUGCAAGCAAUGGAGUCAAAAGUCCACAGUCUCAAUCGAUGGCAGUAACGGUGCAAGCUGCUCCGUAUUGGAUUAAUGCUCCAAAUAAUACCAAUGGCGCGGAAGACGAGACUGUUUCUUUUGAAUGUGUUGCUGGAGGUAUUCCUGCACCUGAAGUGGAGUGGUACAUGAAUGGUGUUCCAUUGAAAGAUGUUAAAUCAAGCUCAAGAAGAAAGCUUGACAGGAAAGCUAAUGUUUUAGUCAUAGAAGGUCUCAAAAAGAGUGACACAGCUGUAUUUCAAUGCAAUGCCUCAAACAUUCAUGGCUAUACCUUCAGAGAUUUCUACCUAAAUGUCUUAGCUUUGCCACCAACUAUUACUGAAAGACCGGAACCAGUUACUAGUGCUGUGAUUUCCUCUAUGGUCACUCUACGUUGUCGAGUUUUUGGUGCUCCCAAUCCGAAAAUUAAAUGGAUGAGAGAUAAUCAAGAGCUAAAAAGUGAUCGUUUUCAACUUCAAGGCAAUGGAGACUUGGAAAUUAAUGAAGUUCGAGCUCAAGAUGAAGGAGAAUACACUUGCUCUGCAUCAAACAAAUUUGGUGAUAUACAAGCUUCUGGAAGACUAGAAGUCAAAAAGAAAACCAAAAUCAACAUCCCACCUAAGAAUUUUGAAGUGGCUGCAGGAAAGUCUGCCACUUUCCGCUGCGAUGCGGAAGCAGAUCCUAGUCUCCAGUUGACCAUUGAAUGGCUCUUUGAAGGUCAGCGGAUCAACUCAGAUUUGGACACUCGCAUGGUGCAAGCUUCUGAUGAUUCUCUGACCAUAACGAAAACAGUGGAAGGUGACUCAGGUCGCUACACGUGUGUAGCUAAGACAGAGCUUGAUCAGGAUGAAGCGUCUGCCACUCUUAUUGUACAGGACACUCCAAAUCCACCUAAAAUUAUAAGAGUGCAGUGUGAUGGUCCAACUGCUCUUGUUGAGUGGGAACCGACAGGUGAUCGUAGAGCACCUAUACUGAGUUAUACAAUUCAAUAUAAUACGAGUUUUACUCCUGACAAGUGGUUAGAUGCUUUUAUCAAUGUUCCCUCUCCUGAUCGACGGCUACAGGUAUCUAUGACCCCAUGGGCCAAUUACACUUUCCGAGUUAUUGCUAGGAAUAUAAUAGGACCCAGUGAGCCCAGUGGUCAUUCAGAUGUUUGUGAAACUCCUGAGGAUGUUCCAUACAAAAAUCCAGACAAUGUUGUUGGGAGAGGAACUGAGAAAGACAAUUUAGUUAUUUCUUGGACAGCAAUGCCAAUGAUUGAACAAAAUGCUCCUGGCUUUUUUUACAAAGUGUUUUGGAAGAGGGAAGAUGUACCACAAGCUCAGUGGCAAAUCACAGAGAUACCUGACUGGGAGCAAAAUAGCUUUAUCAUUCCUAACCAGCCAACUUUUAAGCCAUAUCGUAUUAAAGUUGAAGCUCAUAACAGCAAAGGACAAGCCCAUACAGCUGCAACAGAAAUUAUUGGGUAUUCAGGGGAAGAUGUUCCUCUAGAAGCACCCAAGAAUUUUAAUAGGAUGUAUGUAAAGGAUGCAAGGUCCGCUAUGUUUUCAUGGGAUCCUGUAUCACCAGAAUCAGUUAGAGGACAUUUCAGAGGAUAUAAGAUUCAAACGUGGACAGUGGAUGAAGGUGAAGAGCGUUUGCGAGAGCAAGUUGUCAAAGCAAAUGUCACUCAGUCCUUGGUGACAAUAUUCAGGCCUUAUUCUCGGAAUUUAGUUCGUGUCCUAGCGUUCAAUGAUAUGUACAAUGGACCACCAUCCGAUGUCAUUGAAUUUACUACACCAGAAGGAACUCCUGGACCUGUAGCAUAUUUUGAUGCUAUACCUCUGGGAUCCAGUGCCCUUUAUUUAAUAUGGAAGAGGCCAACUGAACCUAAUGGUGUACUAACAGGGUACAACAUUUAUUAUCGAGAAGUGAUAGGCACUGAAUUGGGAGAAAUAAAAGAGAGGACACCUCAAAUAACUGAUCCUAGAGAGACAAGGGCAAAAUUAGCGGGCCUUAAACCCAAAACAAAGUAUCGUAUUGACAUAUAUCCUACCACAAGCAAAGGUGAAGGAGAAAAAAUGUACAUAGAAGUGCAGACAAAUGACCAAGCAGAACAACCACCAGAUGAGCCUUACUUUGUUUGGUCACACUUGCCCGAUGUUGACGGAAAAGCUGGUGUGCGUGUAACGUGGGUUCCUGCCGUAGAAGGUCAUCCGGGAAGCCACUUUUUUGUGCAAUACAAGAAAAAAGGUGAAAGUCUGUGGGAAAGCACGCCACCAGAAGAAAAUCAAGACUCUAUUCGAGUCACUGGCUUAGAGUUAGGUUCUUUGUAUGAAAUGAAAGUGGUCGCUGUUGAUGGCCGAUACCAAACAUCCAGUAAAGUAGAAGAAUUUGAAACGGGUGGAAUGGCCGCUGUUCAAGCCCCCGAAAGUGGAGAUAACUUUGCAACUGCUGCGUGGUUCAUAGGAAUGAUGUGUGCUAUUGCUUUGCUGUUGCUGUUACUGAUCAUCAUCUGCCUCAUCAAGAGGAAUCGGGGAGGCAAAUACUCGGUUCAUGAAAAAGAAGCUGCUCAAGGAAGGGAUAUUGAGUAUCCAGACGAUGGGGGAUUCAAUGAGUAUACAAAACCAAUGGAUCCUCAACAGCCAAGUCGGGGCAGCCGUACUUCCUUAAAUAGCAGUGUGAAAGGUCCUGAGAGCGAGACGGAUAGUAUGGUAGAAUAUGGUGAAGGGGAAGCGAGCAAAUUCACUGAAGACGGAUCUUUCAUCGGCCAAUACGGGGCCAAAAAGAAGAAAGAGGAUUCCACAUCCCCUUCAGCACUUGCCACUUUUGUCUAAUGUGCCCAGUUUUUUUCAUGUCGCGAAGCUUUCCACAAUGUUUGGUAUAAAAACAAAUGACGCAAAAUGUGACUGGAACGAAGUUGUUCCGAGAUAUCUUGCAGGCAAGAAACGUUAUGUUUGGUUCAUAUUCUUCAUUUCAUUUUCAGCGUGUGCAUUCAUUUCAUUCAUUAAUUUUCAUUUUUUUAGAAGUAGACCCUGCUGUCUAAAAUACAUUUCAUUUUUUUAAGUUGUGUAUAUGCAAAGCAAAAUUGUUCGCAGAAAUCGCUACGGAACCGUCUGGACACUUUUUGAUACCAACCAUUGUUUUACUGCGAUGCAGAAUGCGAGAUGUAAAGUGUUUGAAAUUGAUGGAAAGAAGGAAAAUAGAUGAUAGGAAGAUACUAUAUUUAGAGUAUUUUUAAUUACAGCACUUGGUUCUGAUUGUUCUUCCACUUAAUGUGAGUUUUUCUGUGAAAAAGAAAGAAAAAUGCUGAGAUUUUUUUCCUUCUACUGUUUAUAUGUUAUCAUUUCCAAUAAGAAAAAAAAAAGUGUCUUAUUCCACUUUUUGAAAUUAUUGUCCAAAUAGUAUGUCGUAAACUAUCUGAAAAAAUGAGAUAGUUGACAUUCAAUCAUAUUUAUUUCUUACUCAUAAUUUAAUGUUCUUAGUGAGACUUCAUUAAAAACCAAAAUUUUUACUUUUAGGCAAAAAUUUCAGUUUUAAAUAUUCUUUUGGGGGAAAAAAACUAUAUUAUGUUGUUCUUCUUCAAGCUCAUUCAUUGUUGUAAAUAUUUCUUGAAAAUUCAAAAGCGGUUUUGUAAAAUUGUGUUACCUUCAUUAAAUUGUUUUUAAUCAGCUGUCAUUAAGUGGUGCUUCUGCAUAAAUCUUAGAAAAAUAUUCACAAUAAUUUUCUGAUAAUUUUAUGUGAUAUUUGAAAUUAGUAUAAUUGACCUUGUAUAUGAAAAAUAUAUUUAAAAACAUUUUGUUUCUGAAGAAUCUUUUUGUAAAUACUUUAUCAGAAUUUCAAAUCGAAUUAAGAAGAGAAAAUAUUUUUAUCAGUUUGACAAAAAGCACUUUGGAACUAUUAAUGAUUGUUUAAAAAAUUGAAUAUUCCAACUUGUUUAGUAUAUAUUGGCAACUAUUGAAAGUUCCUAAAGUGUAAGUGAUCUACGCCUACAUGUUUGUAUUUGUGUUAGAUAUAAAUUUGGAAGAAUAAUUAUUCAAUUUUCAUCGUGUCUUGAUACCAUGCUAUUAAUUUGGUAUAUCACCUGCUGUAUGGUACUCUAGUUUGCUCUAUAUUUUUAAAUGACUGAUUAAGGACUAUAACAUGCCUUUUCCUUAAACGAACGAAAUUAUUUAUGCUGUGCCUAAUAUAUAAAACUUAUUACUAUGUUGUUGUAAAGUAACAUACAGUAUACGAGAUCAAAAUGCAAAAUGUGGUUUAUAUUUCAAUUUUAAGGUCUAUUUUUGCAGUUUUGUUAAAUGGUAGUCUCAGGUUCUAGCUGGCAGAAAGCAGUUUUUGAAAAGUUUCAUUAAAUUUAUUUUUUUUUUCUCAUUUUAAUUUUUUGUUAUGGUGUAAAAUAUUUUUUGAACUAAAAACACCUGAAAUGCCAUAGUUAUGUGCUGGAUCCAUGUCUCAUUUCGCUGGUUCCCAUUGUAGUUGUUGAUUCACUCAACAAGCGACUGUGUUAAAAAGAGUGUAUUCUGUGUAUUUAAUAACAUGUUGUUAUUAUUAUGUGAAGCUAUAAAAUGUCCAGUCUUGUCUAAUGCAAACAUUCUUGCUGUACUUAAAAAUGCUUGCAAGUAGUAUGUAGAGCUUUUGAGAUUUUUCUGAGGGUACUUUUAAGCUUUAUAUUCUAAAUAUAAAAAUAUAUAUAAAUUGUAUUUAACUUUCUAUUUACCCAUUCUACAUCUGUGUGAGCAGGUAUUCAAGCCUUCUUUUGACAAGGUGUAAAAGCCUUUAAUGUGAUCAUAUAGAUUGUAGGAAAAAAUAAUCACAGUUUGUUGGUCUCGAAGCCUUAUGUACCAAACUAGUUGCUGUGAAUGUUAACUGAAAGAUACAUGUAUAAUUCUAUGUGUAUAUGAAAAUUCUUAUUCAUAUUAUUCAGUGCUAUAUUUUCUUUUAAGGGAAAAAUUAUUUGGUGCUGGUUUGUCAUGUUGACUUUUAAUUGGGAUACUCAAGGUACAAAAUCGAACAACAUGUAUUUUCAAAAUUAAGUGGGUUUGAAGUUCAUGUUUUAAUCAAAGUCAUUAAAAAAAUAUAAAAAACUUUUAAUAAAUGAAAUAAACAACUGUUGCGUUUUCUUACAUUCCACAAAAAAUCAUUUUGAUUGCUAAACAUAUUUGAAAAGGUGGACCAAUAUUUAUUUAAAUAUGGCAUAAAGGUAUCAUUUUUCUCAAUUAGUGGAUUUAAAAAAAACUGACUAUAUAUAUUGAGUUAUACAUAUUGGACAAAAAAGUUUUAUUUAUCACAAAUCAUUUUUCUUAAAAAUCUAUUAGUUUAUUCAUUUGUAUAUAGUUUGCAUUUUAAUGUCUAGAAUUUUACACUUUUGAAUUGUAUAAGUUAUUUUCGUAGGAUAAGUUUAAGCAUUUUAGAUUAUUUAAAAUUAUUUUAAAAAUCAUGCUUGUUCUUCGUACAUUAUUUUUUAUUAGUAAUGUACGUUUUGUAAAUACUAUGCACAGUUAUUUAGAUUUUUGUUUACAAUACUUUUCCAUAAAUGGAGAUUGUCUUAUUCCUCUAUUUGGAGUCUAUUCAUAAUAUAUUGCAAAGUUUUAAAAAUUUAUCUUUAUUUUUAUUUUUGACCUUCUUUGCGCUGGGCUCCUACAUGGAGGCCCAUUGUUUUCACUUUGCUAAAAAAUAAAUUGCAGGUGAAUUACAGGCAAAAUUCAAAUGACUUUAGUAUUUAUUUUAUGUUUAACAGUUUUUGUUUUUGCCAAAAAAAUGUAUUUUAACAAAAAUGUGCUAUAUUACUGACAGCUCUUUUUUUCCUCCUUAUUAUUAUUAUUAUUAUUUUUGUUGAAAAUUUUCUGAUUUUUUGUUGAACACAAAUUUACUAUUCAUCAAAAUGUAUGUGGUUGUGUACUGUUUAGAAAAAAAAAAAAAACUUUCAUUUAAUAACUUUGACAUAUUUUAAUGCAGUUCUGUAAAUUGAAACAUUUUUUGCACAUUUCUAUAAGAAUGUUAGUAAUUUAUUUAAGGUACUAGGGAGAAGAUGCUGUAUAUUGAAAAUCAUUUUCCAUUUACGUGGACUAUGCCUAUUUCAUUAUCACACACUUCCUUUGUUAAUAUUUCACCUAGAUCUGAAAAAGGGCAGGGUGCUUCUUGAUUAAAAAAAAAAAAAACUUCUUAAAUCAAAAGGGGCAUUUUCUCAAAGUAAUUUUGCUGUAAAAAAAUUACAAAGUUUUGUAGUAUAAUCUUCCCACACCCAUUCUAAUGGACAAGGGGAAGAACAGAGUUACAUUGCAAAGUAAUGCUAGAGGAAUUUUUUUCCUUUCGAGCAAGGAAAUUGGCUUUUGUGAUCAACUAUUGAUAAAUUUUAAAGGGACGUAUGGGUAAGUACAAAAAGGGGGGGGGGGAGCAGGAUGCAGAACCUACGUAAAAAUGUAUUGAGGAAACACGACACACUUCCUUUGUUUUUAAAAGUUUUCAGAAAAUGAUUAGCAUUGCAGAACUCUUAUUCCAAAUUUUAAAAAAAUAAGAACAAAAUAAAAAAGUAAAAGAAAAACUUUUUUGCAUUUAACCUAAAUAAUUCAAAGCUAAGCUGUAGCAAUUAUUUGAUUUGUUGACUUUCAUUAAUUAUAGCUUUGUUAUUGUCAGUCAAUACCAAGUUCCUAAAUUGUGAUUCUUUGGUUCUUCAGUCUUUCAGGACAUUUUUAACUAGAGUUUUACACAAAUACUUAAUGUUCAUCUUUUUCAAAAAAAAAAAAACACUUUUUGGCAUUUUCCCCGCAAUUCUCUUACCGAUAAUUCUCUGUAACGUUGAAGAAAAACAAAGUUAAAUUAGGAAUGAAAUGUGAUGUUUCUCAUGUUUGAAAUUAUUGUAAAUAUUUAAUAUUAUAAAUUCAAUGUAAAAUACAAAGUAAUUCAAUUUUUUUUUUAGGAUUCUGCUGCAUUUCUUAAUUAUUUUUAUAGCAAUUUAAUGUGUCUCAUAACUGUUAGAGUUUAAAGCAAAACAGAGGGAGAACAACAAUUUUUAAAAAGAUGUUCAUGUUGUUGGCACCUCUUGUACCUGUGUAAAGGUUAAUUGGUUCUUAUGUGCAACUUCUUGCAUUAGUAAAUUUCAAUGUCGUAUUUUAGUAGCUCCAUCUAGGAGUGACAUGACUAACUGCAUAGGUUCAUCACCCUCCACAUUAGGUCAGGAGGGGGGGAGAGCAUCAGGUUGUUUUUUCUUUUUCUCUCUUUCAAUUAUUUAUCAAAUAGGUUUACAAAAGAAGUGUCUGAUAAUGAAAUGUACUUUACUUGAAGUAAAGAAAACUCAAUUUGAUUGCAAUGGAUAUGUUAUUGGCCGAUCCCACUGUAUAGUAUAUAAUUGGCAGACAUCAAGUCCAGACUAUAUCCUAUGUCAUCUGCCUAUUUUAUUGUGGAAUAUUUUUUAUUGCAUAAUAAAUUAGACUUUACUGAUAUUUCUCAACAAGCAGUAUUUUCUGCAAUUAGGUAAUAUUUAUUUAUCAAUGAUUGAGGCUUAUUUUAAAAGUUUGAUAUUUGCUGGAAAACAGUAAAAGCAACAAUGUAGAGCUAAAAAAUAUUGCAGUAAAAAAAAUAAUAAACUCCAAAUUUUUUGAAAUGUCACCAGUGUGAAAAUGAUUCGCAAUGCUAUGGAAUAAUUUGAAUUUUGAAUUGUUGAGUUACGAAAGAGAUUAUUAAUACUUUUUUACUAAAUACUAACCAGCUAUUUAAUUUUACUUAAUGUUAUUCUUGCUUAUUUGUCCCCAUUUGUUUGUACUGACAAUAUUGUUUUUAUUUUAUGCUAAUUUUUAUGAAAAAGAUGUGAAAUAAUGUGUGUAAUUGUAAACUUAGGACCUGUUUCUGUCUUAACUGAGAUUGUUGAUGGGCGUUACUAUUUAUACUGACUUCAUUGGUUGUUAUUUAGGCAGCUGUUGCUCUAAAUAUGAAGAGAUGACAUUAGAUGAAAAAUUAUUCCUCUUACUUCUGGUAAAAGCCUUUUGUUUUUAAUGUGCUCCUAUAUUAAAUUUGUCAUUGUUAUUUUCUUUUUUGAAAUCAAAUUAUAUUGUUUCAUUCUUUUAUUUUCUUUAUGUACCUUCUGUUUCUUAAAGGAAGAAAGUAAACAAAAAUGGUUUAGCUCAAAAUGCUUUGAAUUUCAAGUCUGUGUUGAAUUUCAAAUUUUUUGAACUAAAUAUCAGAACAGGGGAACAACUUAUCCGAGUAUAAACUACAAAAUUAAUUAUUUCAUGUACAUGUUGCUUACAAAAUUGUAAACAAGCAACAAUACUUAACGAAGAAAAUUAGUUUCUUCAAUGCUUGAUUUUAGCAACUCUGGCCUUUCUUUAUUUCAAUCAGUUUUGAAGCAGAUUUGUUCGUAAACAAAGUCUAACAAUUGGGACGUAGACUGUUCUACUAUUCUACACUCUUGCCCAAAUAUUUGUACUUUAUUUGAUGUCUGAAUUAAGCCGUAACCAUUCUUAUCAAGUUGGUUAUUGUGACUGUUGGUUAGCAGUGUUACUGAGUGAUUUUAUAACUUUUCCAGUACGAUCAAAUUGAAUCUCCCAAUUACCAUUCAUGUCCAUGUAGAAGCAAGAUGAGAUUUCCCAUCACUACAAACUGUGCAAACAUUGUACAUAGUUUCCGUUUCAUGUUUGAAACCUCUCAUAUAUAUGUGAGUGCUGUUCUGUGUGGUAUAUCUGUUCCAGAAUUCAUGCGUUUCAUUUCAUUGUUCAACAGUCUGAAAACGUCCAGUGAUUUUUCAUCAGUUCUUUUUGACCAAGAUUUAGUCAUUAGCACCAUGUGUGUCCAUCACAGAGAAAUAGAAGUUGUUAGCAUUUUUUGGUUAAAAAUAAUGCAGCUUUGAUUUGUCGUAUCAUCUGCCUUUUGUGGUGUAUGCGUUUUUGUUUUCAGCUCAAGUUUUUUGGCAUUUAUUUUGUUGUUUUACUUAUGUUCAGCACAUGAUCAAUGUAAUGUUUUUGUUUGAACUAAUUUGGAAGUAAAGAAAAAUGACCC